CGAGACUUGAGAUUUGGCAGAAAAUCUUGCAGUAUAUUGUAACCACUAAUUUUUUUUCAUUAAAAAAAUACUCACUCAAGGCCAAGAACUCACCAAAAGAAUUUGUGGCUGAGAGUUGUGCUGACGUGUCUCGCUUAUACCAAAAGUGGACCAAAAAGUCGCACAUGUACGCUUACAAGACGACGAAAAAUCAAACAACACAUACAUACAUUCAUUCUUCAAAGAGAACUCAGUCGAGAGAUAAACAGCUAGUGAUGUCGGAAGUGAACGACGCGUCGAUUAAGUUUUUCGGAAGCACGAUUCAAUCUAGUUACAUUCUCAGUCAAACUGAUGAACAACAACGGAGGUCUUACAAAGGCAUCAAGGCGUUUCGAUCAGAAGGUGAUGAGAUUGCACGUGGCAAGAAAGCUUUGGUCAAUUUGCGAGCGAACCCUGCAGCCAUGUCAAGAUCAGUUAACUUCCAUGAGACCUCGUAACAUUGAACAACAUUCCAUGUUGAGAAGUUGAUUUUCAUACGAAUCAAUCAAGCAUGUGGGCAUCAAACUGUUAAACUGUUAUCUAAAAAAUAGACUAAUAGAUUUUCAUUGAAGUUACUUCGAAAGAAUAGUCUUGAAAUGUAUCAAGAUCACGUGUAAAUGCCUAAUGGUGAUGUGAGCUAGUAUUCUAUUGAGAAUUUAUAAUGCUUACUACCGUAUAUUUCCCACUGGACUCUUGUUUUUAAUUGAAAAUAUUGAUAUUACAAGCUGAUCUCUUAUGUGUAAGACUAUCUUCAAU